AUGUCUAGCAAUCACUUCCAUGGUACAAUCCAAUCAUCAUUCCUCGAACGAGCUUGGAACUUGAUCGAGCUCAAUGUCAGCAACAAUAGUUUCCAAGGCCCCAUUCCUUCUCAUCUUUGCAUGAAUUCCCGUUUUGUCAGGCUCCUUGAUUUCUCUUUCAAUAAUCAUACUGGCCAAAUUCCUUUGGGACUAGGAGCAUGUUCCAAACUAGAGAUUUUCAGAGCAAGCUCUAACUCUCUCUUUGGGUUACUUCCAAAUGAUCUAUAUAGUGUGACAGCAUUAGAAGAAAUAUCUUUACCUUCCAAUAAUCUUUCCGGACCCAUUAGUGAUGACAUUGUGAACCUAACCAAACUCACCCUCCUUGAGCUGUAUGCAAAUCGAUUGAGCGACAAGUUACCUCCAAAUAUUGGGAGGCUUUCCAAAUUAAAGCACAUGCUUCUUCAUACAAACUCCUUUCCAGGUUCUUUGCCCUCAUCAUUGAUGAAUUGCACAAAUAUCAUUGAAUUGAAUUUACGAUUCAAUUUGUUUGAAGGAAAUAUCUCCAACUUUAAUUUCUCCUGUCUUCAACAGCUUACUAUUCUUGACUUCGGUUAUAAUGGCUUCACUGGUAGCUUUCCAAUAAGCUUUCAAUCCUACAAGUCCCUCAGUGCAAUUCGACUUUCCGGAAACCAACUAGAGGGGCAAAUCCCAUCAGAGAUUGCUCAACUGAAAUAUUUAUCUUAUUUUUCACUUAGUUUCAAAAAUCUAACCAACAUCACGGCGGCAAUCAAAAUUCUGAUGCGUAGCAAUAGUCUCGAAGUUGUCCUAAUAGGAAGCAAUUUUCUGCACGAGAGAUUGCCGAAUGAUGAUGACAUAGUUGGUUUUCAAAAUCUUCGACUUUUGGAUAUUGGUUUAUGCCAACUGACCGGUCAAUUGCCUAUGUGGCUAUCUAUGCUCAACAAGCUAGAAAUUCUGGGACAAACAGGCAAUCGUAUCACAGGUUCAAUUCCGGGUUGGUUGUCGACCCUUCCGAGGCUCAAGGCUUUAAAAUUGGGUCACAACCUCAUAUCAGGUGAAUUCCCUAAGGAACUUUGUGCAUUGCCCUCAUUGGUAUCAGCACAGGCUUAUCAACGAGACAAUGAUUAUUUGCUUUUACCGAUUUAUUUCAUAGAAAAUAAUAAGGUAAUUGGCCAGUCCAACUCCCUCUCCUACUGGUACCGACAAUUAUCCUUUGAGAAUAAUAGUCUUAGUGGCAAUAUCCCCAUUGAAAUUGGACGUUUGAAGUUGCUUCGUGCACUACAACUUGGUCAUAACAACUUCACAGGUAACAUUCCAGACCAAAUAUCAGAAAUUACAGACUUGGAAGACCUAGACCUCUCAACAAAUCAGUUAUCUGGUGAAAUACCAGCAUCACUUGCUUACUUUGUGGCGCCCCACUUCCUCGUUGUGACCAUAUUACUAAUGGCAGCAAAGACAAGGACAUCCAGAAUGAGAAAGAUGGACGUACAAUUCCAUGGUUUCAUAUUACUGUGA